AUGCCUGGCGGUGUCGUGUUUUUAGUUUGCAUACCCACGUCUAACCACGAGCACGAAUUGAUCUUUGGUGUGCCAUCGAAACGACCGCGAAAGAACGAGAAACCAGAGAAGCCUGUGGACGUGCCCAAGGUGAAUUUACGUCUCAGGGAGACGAGAACGAAAACUCAACUGCUGACACUCGAUGACGAGAGGGACGUGGAUAGUGUCGUGGACGUUACCAACGAUUUUGAUGGCGGGAGGUAUCGUCGACCUCGAGGACACGGGACUUCCGGUCUGCGCGGGAGGAGUCCCGUUUUUAUGUCGAUGGAAACGGUACUGGAAGAGUUGCUGAAGAAACUGAAAGUCGAACACGUGGUUUGGUGCAAAGAUAAAGAGGACAUGUACUACGAGGUCAUAUUUCCGGUCCCCGCCGGGGAACCAUGCGAGAACUGCCUGCACUGUCUAACGGAGAUGGGGAUCGGCGUGAAAAUGAACUCCAUAGUAAGCGUGAUUCCGACCCAGUGCACGUACAGCGGCAUGGGCAACGCUCGUCCCGCCGCCAUUAAGGACGACCUAGCACGAAGACGAAAGGAAUCUGAAGAGAGGAAGAACGCUUGGAAGGCUUUCGUGGAAUCGAUACGAUCGAAAUUGACGGUGAAACAAGUCGUGGAUGGAGUUCGUAGUGGUGGAGAUCUCACGUUCGAUUAUGUAUUGCUGGUACUGACAGCGGAUUGUCUUGCAGCCCUUGGUCUCAUCGAGAACAGCGCGACGAAUGUUGUCGCGGCCAUGUUGGUCUCUCCGUUAAUGGGUCCCGUAAUGUCAUUGACCUUCGGUACUAUAAUAGCCGAUAGGAACCUCCAAUUCAUCGGUUUGAAAAGUUUGUUGCUCGGUAUAUUCGUCUCUAUACUAUUCGGCUUCAUAUUCGGCCUGAUUCUGGGUACUACAGAGAUGCCUUGGGGUUACAACGACUGGCCCACCGACGAAAUGAAAGGCAGAGGAAAUUACAGGUCUCUCUGGAUGGGUGUGUUAUGGGCUCUUCCAUCUGGCACUGGUGUAGCCGUGGCCCUGUUGCAGGGAAGCAGCGGACCUCUGAUCGGUGUCGCCAUAUCAGCCUCUUUGCUACCCCCUGUAGUAAAUUGCGGUUUAUUCUGGGCGCUGGGGUGUAUAUGGCUAAUCUAUCGGCCCAUUAAGAUGCCACACAUAAAAGGCGAGUCCUACACGGAUUACAACACCUCCUACGUCUACGUGUACACCGAUUACCUGCCGGUCGAAUUCUUCUGCAACGGUAUAAUCAGCGCGUGCUUGACCUUUAUCAACGUGAUGUGUAUCUUUAUCACGGCGAUAAUAGUCCUGAAGAUUAAGGAAGUCGCCGCCCCGUACACGUCCACGCCAGAAUUACGUCGGUUCUGGGAACACGAUAUCCGUCUGGUCCGCGAUAAGAAUAUUUCACGAGAUAACAGCUCCCUGAACUCAAGUUACUACGACGGAUUGAGUAAAACGAAACAACGGGCGUUAGAGCAAACCUUAAAUGAAGCGGUGCGUGAAGCCAUCAAUGACGAAACUUUCCGCAAAGUGCAGCGAAUUAGUUAUGGUCAACACGGGCCUGAGCAGUUUACUUCAAAAUGGGGUCUUCAAAGCAAUGGUGCAAGCAACAUCACAAAUAUUGGACACGCUGAUGGAGCCAUCCCCGAAAGUUUUCGAUCGCCGGAAAGUUUAGGAAAUUCUGGUAGUACGAGCGAAGACUUAGCUGCACUCGACAGACUGAUCACGUAUCUAUUGGGCCAGCCAAACGGCAACAGUCCCGGAAAUUUAGAUUCUUGGCGCCGUUCCCGUCGAGCAAGUGCACGAGGUUACAGACAAUUGCGCAGUGCAGGUGUCACUGCUGAAAGGGGCGAUAUCGGUUCCAACGUUGACACAACACCACUUUAA